AACAGUGAUUUGUUCUUCAGUUUUCAUUAUUUAGAUCCUAUUUUAGGAAGUUAGAAAGAUUUUAUACUUUAGCAAGAAAUCUAACUUCAUCAUAUAUCUUUCUGUAUUUUUUUUUUUAGUAAAAGUUUAAUUUUAAACAUCAUAAAAGGACAUCCAAAAAACAGCAAUCUGCGUUGAGGUGAGCAUAGCACAAACCGGGGUGGAGUCAAGUUAGUGUGAGAUGGGAGGGUUGGAGUUUAUGAUUGGACGAGCGAGACCCAGUUUUUGGUGUGGCUUUUGCUGAUUGGCUGAUCACGCCUGCGUGGGCGGGGCUUCCUCCUUGACUUUACUACGCUGGUGGAGCUUCUGCUAAAGACGGACCGUAAAUGUUUUCUGCAUCCUUUGUUUGGUUUCUUGGAGGUUAACACGGCGGAUGAGGCGGAGCAGAGUCGAAGAAUAAAACAGAAAAACAAUCCCAGCAGCUAGAAUAAGUUUUUUUUUAACCGAUAAGAGCCACAAGUCCAGGACAGAAGCAGCAUCGGACCCCCUCGCUUCUUCACCUCCUUCCCCCUCCUCCUCCUCCUCCUGUGAGAAUCCGAUACGGUUGUUCAUUACCCCGACAGCCAGCAGCUCUGAUUAUCCCCCCCACCCCACCCAAAGAGAGACUGUGGAGGACACGCAUCCACGAACACGAAUCCCACUCAUGCAUAGAGACAGACAGAGCUCAUCAGACUGAGAGGACACCAACAUGGAUGCACUGGAGAGUUUAUCAGACACACAGAUGGAGGACUUCCUUUCUGGACGCUCCUCCCUGACCCUCACGCUUGGACUUGGUGCCCACACCAUGCAUGUGCAGCUGCAGCUGUCUGCGCAGGAUGUGAAGAAGCUGCAGCAGGACAGGGAUUCAAAGCCGCUGUGUGGCUCUGAACUCAAAACUGACGCUCCGACAUCUGACAGCGCCCAUUCCUCCUUUAGAGGAUCCAGUACCUCACAGACUUCCUCUCCAGCUCUGCUCCAGACUGACCUCACAUCCUCUGUCCAGAGUACUCAGAGACUCAAGCGUACCGUGAACCCAACAAAUCGAGUUCCACCUGGGAACCUUUGUGGUCCCUCAUCUGAGGUUCAGUCCCACUCUGCGCCCUCGCUACCUUCAGCGUUUCCAUUUGCCAGCUGUCCGGCUGGAAAUGCUCCAGUCUGCUCUGCUGGACACGGCGGCUCGGACCCGAGGCCUCAGAGCCCGAGACCAGCCUCCACGGUGUCAGAGGUGGGUGUUAAUGGGAUGGAGUCUCAGCCGUCAGGGGCAGUCAUAGAAAGCUUGGUGAAUGAUUGUCCAGGUGUCGUCUCUGGGACUUUUUCAGGGACUCUGUCGUCUUGCAGUCAGAGUCAUCCUCGACGUGGCGUCGCCAUCAUUCUUCAAAUCCUCAACGAUCUCCUCAUAGCAGCCCACCGACACCAGAGGGCUCUAACUCCUCCUUUUCCUCCCAGCUCUGCGGUCGGCCAACUCACCACAGAGGAGGCCCGCAAGAAAAGAAGGAGGCUGCCGACAAAGAAGAGAGUGUGUCACCAUGGCGAUGAAAGCCGACCGCUUAACUCUGUAGCAGAAGAAAACCAAACCAUGCAUUGUAAGCUAGAACGCCUCCAGCUUUUGAUGCGACAGAGGCGUCUUCGCAGAAGAACUCGCCAGAACUCUCAUCUCAACCAAACUACUUGUUGGUAUCAGCAUCAGCGCUCCUAACCUUCUGGAAGGGGAAGGUCCUCUCACUGUGCUGAGCUCAAAUAAAGAGGUCAUUUAGUGUCGCACAUUUCUGUCUCUGGUCCAAUAGUUCCCAAUGUGUGUCUUUGUUUGUAACCCAGGCUGGAAAUAUAUUUAAAAAACACUGAACUGAGACUUAAAUUUAGGCCUUAAAUAUGUUUGAUGCAUUGGAAAUAAUCUAGAAAAUGUUUUUUAUACACUGUCAUCUCAGUAAAACUACAACUGUUGUGUCUUUGUGGGUUUGUAGUAAAGCCUUAGAGUUGUUGUAGUCUGGUUCCUCUGAAAUAAUGUUUUCUCAAAGGUCAUAGUAUUAGUUGUCCUUGAGUCUACACAAAUCUUAACGUUUACAACUGUGUCUGAAAAAAGAAAACUUUUGUGUUUAUGCAUUUUUUUAUGCUAUUGCCUUAAAUGUUUCUGUUUUCAUGUACACUAUGGGUUUUCUCUGGGUAUCCCUUUAAAAUGAUAUAAACAUUCAAAAGGUAGGCAAAUAAUGAAUAAAAAUAAAAGAAAACUGGAA